AUGAACCGCAUCUCGGCACUCGCUCUUCUGGUUUGUCUCGCUCUUCCAGCUUUCGCGACGAUUCAGGACUCCAUUACCAAGUUCCCCAAAACUGACUACGACUUUGUAAUAGUCGGAGGAGGCCAGGCGGGAUGCGUAGUGGCUAACAGACUAACGGAAAACCCUCGAUUCAACGUCCUGGUCAUCGAGGCAGGCCCGAGCCACGAGAACGUCUUGAACGCGCAAGUACCGGGGUUUAGUCUUGAACUCCGAAAUACCACCUACGAUUACAACUACACGAGUACACCUGUACCGCAUCUCAACAACCGAGUUUUUUCGGUGACCCGUGGGCGGAUUCUGGGGGGCUGUAGCUCGCACAAUGGGAUGUUCUACACCCGUGGUUCUUCCUCUGACUAUGAUCGAUGGGCUACCGUCACCGGUGACCCAGGGUGGUCUUGGAAGAAACUCUUUCCCUACAUUCUCAAGAACGAACGUUGGGUUAAGCCAAAUCGCGAUGUGGAUAUCACAGGGAUGUACGACCCAAAGGUCCACAACACCAAGGGGAUGACCUUUGUCAGCCUCACGAACUUCCCAGACGAUUCCGAUGCAAAGAUCAGGCAGGCUGCAGACGAAAUUGGAGGCGAUUUCGGAUGGAACGUGGAUUACAAUAGUGGGGAUCCCUUGGGUGUCGGAUAA